AUGGAUGCUAGUGCUAUAACAACAUCGUCAUCUUUCUUCAAGUGUAACUCGUGCUCUAUCCAGUUCCCGAAUUCUGAUGCGCAGAGAUACCACAUGAAGACAGAUUGGCACAGGUAUAACCUCAAAAGAAGAGUUGCAGGUUUGCCACCUGUGGAUGCUGCUAUCUAUGCUGAGAAGGUCCAGCAGUCACAGAAGUACCAGGAAGAAACAGACGAGUUUGGAUUUAAGGUCUUAAAGCCAAAGGAUAAGAGUCUUCAUAUCAACAAACACCAUCCAAGAGGCCGUAUCUCCCAGAUCUCUCAUGGAUUCCACAAGGACCAUUUGGAAGACAGAGGAGUGAGCCCUGCUAGUGUCACCAGUGAUUUCUCUCACUUAAGUAUGGGAGAAUCUGUGUAUUCGCAUCCUGCUACACAUACAGAUGUGGACAGUAACUUUGAUACGGGAUCUGAACUGGCUACGCAGUCCGACGACGAGGAUUAUAACGAUGACCAAGAUUACUCCGAUGACUAUGACAGUGAUAACUUGCAGAGCGAUGACGAAUUUGUUGAAGAGCCAUUGCAGCCAAUCACGAGCUGUAUCUUUUGUGGAGUGGCUCAUAAUGAGCUGGAACAGAACGUUACACAUAUGUUUAAGAGCCAUGGCCUGUACAUUCCUGAGCGGUCAUAUUUAGUAGAUCUCAAGGGGUUAUUGGAGUACUUGAUCUCUGUCAUUGUCAUUGAGAAUGAAUGUCUAUGUUGCAAUUUCCAAGGUAAAAACUUGGAGAGCAUUAGAGCUCAUGUCACAUCGAAGGGUCAUUGUCGACUACCGUAUGAGUCUAAAGAGGAAAGGGCAAGAUUCGCAGACUUUUAUGACUUUUCCAGCACUGAAGCAGUCGCUGUUAAAUCAUCGUCAAAGAAGAAAGUUGGAUUCCAGGAGGAUAGUGAAGCUGAUACACCAACUGAAGGAAGUCAAAGUGAAGACAGCGAUGAUAACGGUAUGAAUGACAAUUACACAAUUGCCACCAUUGAUCCGGUGAUUUCAGAGUUGAACUUGCCCAAUGGUUCAAGGCUGGGUCACAGAUCGUUGCAGAGGAUCUACAGACAGCAUAUCCCAUCACCACGUCCUCCAACAGAGUCCCAACUAACAGUGGCAUCGGCUGAUAAGAGGUUUGGUCAGUUGACAGCUAUGGAGUACAAGAAGGAGAUUCUACAGCCAAAAUUGAUAGAGAUGAGAGACCAGAAUAAAAUUAUAAGAAAGGAAACUAAAAAAAGGGUCAACUUCCAAGCACAUUUCAGAGAUCAAAUGCUUGGUGGUUGA